AUGCAGUUUGAAAUAGGAGAUAAAGUAUUCCUGAAGAACGAGAAGGAGAAACUUUAUGCCAAGUCCUUCAAGUGUGAAAUUUUGGCUUAUAGAAACAAGUUGACGACCAUGGUAGUGAGUAAAUCACAUGCAAUGUGCCGCAUUGUCAGGUCCCGAGUCAUAGCAGUAGAGAAGGAUGAUCAGAAAGAUCAAAAGCUUGCUUUUGGGACAAUAGAUGUGUCCAGUGUGCAUAAUGUGUUUCAAGUAUCGAUGUUACGUGAGUAUGUGAGCGAUCCAAGAUUUGUUACACUUUCUGACUUCCGGCCAUCGGACUCGCAAAAUGAAGGGCAAAGUCGACCUUUCAGGCAGAUGUCGGAGGUGACCUUGGAUGAGUAUUGCACUUGUGGAAAGAGGACGGUGAUGGUGACGUCGAGGACGGACAACAACCCUGGAAGGCGAUACGCGACGUACAAAGGGAGUGAUUGCAAACAUUUUGUGUGGAUCAACCCUCCAAUGUGUACAAGAGCUCGACAAAUUAUCCCUCGACUUUUGAGACGCAUUAAUCUGGCAGAAGCUGAAUUGGCAAGCAAGAAAAAAAUGGGUGAAGUGGCUGUGGUGUUUAAUUGUUAUUUCAUGGAUCAUGAUGUUUUUUCUUCUUAAGAAGUAGGCAGGCUAAGUUGCUAUGGUGUUAGACUUGUUUUGUUAUCUUUGUUUUGGGUGGAGUGAUUGUGGUGUGGCUAAGUUCUGAAGUGAAGUAUGAAGUGGUUUGUGUAAGACUUAUUCAAAUGUUUUGUGUAAUGUGGUUUGUGAUUCAAAUGGUUUGUGUAAUGAAUGUGGGAUUUUGGUAUUGUAAGGCUUUUGUAAGACCUGUUCUGUUCAAUUUGUAUGGAAUGUGCUU